AUGUCUGUCCUUCUCGAGACCUCCGCUGGCGACAUUGUCAUUGACCUGCUUGUCGACCAUGCACCCAAGUUAUGUGAGAAGUAAGUCUAUAUCCUACCUUUGAUCUGUUCGCAGGAGAACGCUAACCAGCCGAACCUAGCUUCUUGAAGCUCUGCAAGACAAAGUACUACAACUUCUCCCCCGUCCACUCCGUCCAGAAGGACUUCUCCCUGCAGACCGGCGACCCCCUCGGUCCGCUCUCCAAGGACUCUGAUGGCGGGUGCUCGAUAUGGGGUCGCCUUUCCGGCAAUCCGUCCGACCGCACAUUUCAGGCCCUCUUCCACCCCAAGCUCAAACACCUCGAGAGGGGCACCGUGAGCAUGGCAACGGUCCCCGUGUCGGCUGACGACCCCGAGACGCGAGUUGCCGCCUCUCAAUUCAUCAUCACCCUUGGCGAGGACACCGACUACCUCGACGGCAAGGCUGCCAUCUUUGGCAAGGUGGUCGAGGGUUUCGACGCACUGGACAAAAUCAAUACGGCUGUGGUGGACGACAAGGGCUACCCGCUUGUGGAUAUCAGGAUAAAACAUACCGUGAUUCUGGAUGAUCCCUACCCUGACCCUCCCGGUUUGAGAGAGCCGAGCGCGAGUCCUCCCCCAUCAGAUGCCCAGCUCAAGACGGUCCGGAUCGCCGACGAGGCCGCCCUCCUCGAGGAUGACGGCGUCGACGAAGCAGAGCUGGAGAAGCGACGACGCGAGAGGGAGGCCAACGCCCAGGCGCUGACGUUGGAGAUGAUGGGUGAUCUGCCGUUUGCCGAGGUCAAACCCCCUGAGAAUGUGCUCUUCGUCUGCAAGCUGAACCCCGUCACUGGCGACGAGGACCUGGAGCUCAUCUUCGGCCGGUUCGGCAAGAUCCUUAGCUGUGAGGUGAUCCGGGACGGCAAGACGGGCGACAGUCUGCAGUAUGCUUUCAUCGAGUACGAGGACAAGGCGUCCUGCGAGGCGGCGUAUUUCAAGAUGCAGGGCGUGCUCAUCGACGACCGGCGGAUCCACGUUGACUUCUCACAGAGUGUUAGCAAGCUGAGCGAUGUCUGGAGGAGCGACACCAACAACAAGCGUCGGGUCAACGCAGGACGUGGUGGUUGGGGCGGUGUUCGAGAUUUGGAGAAGCGCAGACAAUACAGAAAUGAGGGAGAAAGAUCCCUGGGUAAGGACUACGGCCUGGUGUAUAGUAACGAGGAGAUGAAGGAUCGUCACGAACGUACCGGUGGAGAGAAGAAGAGAGAAAAUGGCCCAGACCACGAAGAGGAACCGGAGCGAAAUGAUCGAGCUGAGCCUCGAGGUGGGAGAGGUGGGAGAGGACCAGGAGGAGGAGACAGGCACCACCAACGCAGCCGAAGCCCACGAAGGAGAGACAGGAGCCGUGAUCGGUAUCGAGACUCAAAGGAUGACCGCCGGCGAGACUACGAUCGAGGCCAUCGCGGGGACGACAGGCAGAGAGACCGAGAUCGAGACCGGGACAGGAAUCGACGUGAUCAUGGCCAUCGGUCGAGAAGAUAG